UUUAAAACUUUAAAUUCAUUUUAGGUGCGGGUCUUGGAAAAACUCAAAAUGGUAUUAAGAGUGCAAUAAAACCAAAAUUGAAGUUUGAUAAGGCUGGAAUGGGAUAUGACCACAGCAUGGAAUUUACUGAUCAUUGGUGGGAAAAUAUAUACAACAAUGCUUUGAGUGCCACAACCAUACAAGACGGUGAAGAACAAAACUCUCCAGGAAUACAUCAGAGAAAGAAAACAGAAAAAAAGAAGAGGAUUGGUUCAGACAACUUGUACGAGGCUUGUGAAGGCCGAACUGCUCACAAGGGUGCGAGGCAUGGUCUACAGCUUAGUGCCAAACUGCACAGGCUAGAACAACAAGAGAAAAUGCUGCUUCAGAGAAAUAACAAUAGUUUUAUGGAAGAUUCUGCUUGUCAGGUUGUAGAUAAAUCUGAAGCUGAGAAAAGUGAAAAAGAAUCGCAUCUCUCUGAACAAAGUUUAAGUGAAGGCCAUCUUUCUUCAGAUAGAGGAUAUGACUAUUCAAAUGAUGUUAAAACUAGAAAAUCUGAACAGAAAACUAAAAAAUGCAAAAAGAAGCGUUUCAAAGAUUCUAAAUGACAUAGAAUAUCUUUACAAUAAAUUUGUAUAUACCGAAAAUACAAUAAAUUGCAUCAAUAUUAA